AUGGCAGCAAACGACUACACCGUCAGGCGGGAUUCCGUGAAUAGCUACACCAGCGGCCCGCAAACCCCACAGGGCGCACUCGGUCGCUAUCAGACUCAGUCACCGCACGAUCCCGCGAUGGCCUUCCCUCUUCAAGCGCAGUUACCGACUCCUAGGAUGAGUCCGCAGAUGAUUGCCGACUACAUACGCCGUCAGGCCAUAUCAACUCAGCCACAGCCGCCCCCAACCACUAUGCAAGCGCAGCCUCCCACUCCCGAGGAGGCUCAGGCACGCCUGAACCGCCAGUUUGCCCUGUUUGGAAUGGCCUACUUCCAGAGGUUGGACCCGCAGGCAAAGCAACAGUUCCAACAGUUGCCUUCGCAGAAGCAAAACGAGGUCGUUAGGAACGCAAUCGAGCAACGUAAACAGCAAGAGAUUCACAAGGCGCGGGAGCAGCAGAUGGCGGCGCAACAGGCAAAGCAACAGGAAGCGCAACAACUGGCAGCGCAGCAACUGGCAGCGCAGCAACUGGCAGUGCAACAACUGGCAGCGCAACAGCUGGCAGCGCGACAGGCACACUUCAACAGAUUUACACAGCAAUACGUCAGCUCAUUCAGUCCUGAGAAGUUGCAACGAUUCAGACAGGGUUCCGGAAUACAGCAAAAGCAGCAUCUUUGCGAUGUCUACCAGCAGAUGCAAAACGCGCAGAAGCUCCAACAGCAGAAAAUGCAACAAAUGCAGCAGCAUCAACCAGCCGGGCAGCUACAGCAGGUGUUGCAGCCGCAACAGCUCGCGCAACAGCCUCAACGUAUUCUGCAAACUCCAGAAGUACAGCAACAUCGACAGCUGCAGUCGCCACGUAUUCUGCAAGCCCCACAAGCUCGGCAACAUCAGGAGCCGCAGACGCAACGUAUUCUGCAAGCUCCGCAAGCUCAGCAACAUCAGGAGCCGCAGGCGCAACGUAUUCAGCAAACACAACCGGCGCCUCAGCUGAAGCGGCCUCGUUCUGACGACGAUGAGCCAAGCCCAGCCACCAAGGUAGCCAAGGUCACGCAGCCAAUUACAGAGCAGCAAUCGGAGAACACAGAGGAUCCAGACGAUCAGAGACUCAGGUCUAAGCUCACAAUCUGGCUCGCAUCCAAUGAGGCUAAGGAAGAAGCUCAGAAGAGCGAGCAGUCUGCGGAGUUGCACUGGCAGAUGCAGCACGCUGGCCCUUACGCCGGCCCUUACGCCGGCUAUGAGCCUGCGAAGUCGAACAUCCCCGACAACUCGUUCUAA